ACUUCCUUCUGAUUGGCUAAAUCAGUUUCCCCUUCCCAAAUUACCAAAGCAUCUCUUCAGUCUCCAGCAUUCCACUCUCUCACACUCAUACUCUCUUUCAUCAGUCAAAAAUCUUUCAACCUCACGCCCUUUUUUCAUCUGCAUUCACGUUUGCUCGAUCUUAGAUCGGUUUCCAGUUUCCAGUUUCGAAUGUGUUGUUUUUCUUGCAGCAGCUCGUUGUUAUCAGAUUACUAUAUGUUCAAGAAAACCAAUCCAGUUUUUGGUAUCUCAGAUGGUUUGUUUUAAUUGUAUUAUGCUUGACUGGUGUCACCAUGGGCUUCUAUACGGUAAAAUGGCAAUGGCUACUGAUUCUUCACAUUGUACCACUCUGCAUGAUAAUGAGCAGAAGCAGUGGUAUCACUUCUGAUGGUGAGGCACUUUUGAGCUUCAGAGCAUCAAUUCUUGAUUCUGAUGGCGUUCUUCUUCAGUGGAAGCCAGAGGAGCCCCAUCCUUGUAAAUGGAAAGGAAUAACGUGUGAUCCGAAAACCAAGAGAGUGAUAUAUUUGAGUCUUCCUUAUCACAAACUUAGUGGAUCAUUAUCCCCUGAACUUGGAAAGCUUGACCACCUAAAAAUUUUUUUUUCAUUUUACAGAGCUCUUCAUGACAAUAACUUUUAUGGGACAAUUCCAUCAGAAUUAGGGAAUUGCUCACAGUUGCAGGGAAUGUUCCUGCAGGGUAAUUACUUUAGUGGGUCCAUUCCCAAUGAAUUAGGGAAUCUUUGGGCACUUAAAAAUUUAGAUAUUUCAAGUAACUCACUCGGUGGAAAUAUUCCCAUUUCGCUGGGGAAGUUGAGCAAUCUUGUUAGUCUAAACGUGUCUGCCAAUUUUCUGGUUGGAACAAUUCCAAAUGUUGGCAUGCUGCUCAACUUCUCGGAAAGCUCAUUUCUUGGAAACCGUGGCUUGUGUGGGAAGCAAAUAAAUGUUAUGUGCAAAGAUGACAAAAAGGAACCUGAAACUAAUGAGUCGCCAUUCUCAGUGCAAAAUCAAAUUGGGAAGAAAAAGUACUCUGGCCGACUACUUAUAAGUGCUUCGGCAACUGUGGGUGCUCUACUACUGGUUGCCCUAAUGUGUUUCUGGGGUUGCUUUCUGUAUAAAAAGUUCGGCAAAAAUGACAGUAAAGGUUUAGUGCUGAAUGGCUGUGGAGGUGCUCGUGCUUCAGGUGUAAUGUUUCACGGAGACUUGCCAUACAUGUCUAAAGAUAUUAUUAAGAAAUUUGAGACGUUGAAUGAAGAACACAUAAUAGGAUGCGGGGGCUUUGGAACCGUGUACAAGCUUGCAAUGGAUGAUGGCAAUGUUUUUGCCUUGAAAAGAAUUAUAAAAUUGAACGAGGGCUUUGAUCGUUUUUUUGAGAGAGAGCUUGAGAUCCUUGGAAGCAUAAAGCACAGGUUUCUUGUGAAUUUGCGAGGAUAUUGCAAUUCUCCUACAUCAAAGCUGUUAAUUUAUGAUUUCCUUCCUGGGGGCAGCCUUGAUGAGGCACUACACGGCCUCCGUACUGAAGGAUCUGAGCAACUAGACUGGGAUGCACGCUUAAAUAUUAUCAUGGGAGCUGCAAAGGGACUUGCAUAUUUGCAUCAUGAUUGCUCACCGCGAAUCAUUCACCGAGACAUAAAGUCAAGUAACAUUCUACUUGAUGCUAAUUUGGAGGCUCGAGUUUCUGACUUUGGACUUGCGAAACUCUUAGAGGAUGAAGAAUCACAUAUCACGACUAUUGUUGCAGGAACAUUUGGUUAUCUGGCUCCUGAGUAUAUGCAAAGUGGUAGAGCUACUGAAAAGACUGAUGUAUACAGUUUUGGAGUAUUGGUACUUGAAGUUUUGAGUGGCAAACGUCCCACAGAUGCCUCAUUUAUUGAGAAGGGGCUAAACAUUGUUGGUUGGUUGAACUUUCUAGUCACAGAGAAUCGACAACGAGAAAUAGUCGACUUACAGUGUGAGGGCAUGCAAGCAGAGAGCUUGGAUGCAUUGCUUUCAGUUGCCAUCAGAUGUGUUUCGUCGAGUCCAGAGGAACGACCAACUAUGCACAGAGUGGUCCAGAUUCUGGAAUCUGAGAUUAUGACUCCAUGCCCAAGUGAUUUCUAUGAUACAGAUUGAGCUCUAUGACACCCAAGCCAAGCCAUGCAAUACCAUGCCAUGCCAAUGAAGGCAUAGAACCUUGUUGGAAUCAACCAAAAGGAUUCGAACAUCUUCAAGGUCCAUGCUUUCUAAUCUGAUUGAUUCUUCAUUAUUUCUUCUUUCUGAAAAGUAGCAAUUAUGCAGCUUUUGUGAUUGAGCUCUAACGUUUGGGAAAAGGGUCCAAAAAAAUGCUGUUUCUCUAACCAAACGGCAUUGGAUCUCUUGUAAUUCCAUACCCCCAUGUAAGUAGAUGAAGGUUCCACGUCUCUGUGUUCUUAUAUUUGUUCAAUCUUCCCCAGGGUUUUUUUUUUCUUCUUUCAUCGUCUCAAAUCAUUCCUCUUUGUAAUUUUUCUGUAACUUUUGACCCAAAAUUAAGUGUACAUGAGUGAUUGUAUAAUAUUCAACAAAUGUUCUUCACUUAUUUUUGUUACAUUUUAUUUUCUAAGAAAUUUGAACCUCCGAUUUCUUAGAGGGAAUAGUAAUAACGUUUGAUUGAAUGGAUGAUGUUUCUAUA